CUUCUUUCCACUACUCCCAUUCUAGAGAGAGAUAGAGAGAAGGAGAAGGACAAAACUUUUGGGAGCUAGGUACGACAUUUUAACCAUCUCUUAUCUUUCCUACCACUUGCACCACUCAAUUCGUACGGUGUUACUCAAUCUAUCUCAUGGUAUAAAGAGAGCGCGCGAGGCCAAAGCCGGAGAGUACUGGUUCAGUAUUACCUUAGGUUCAGUUUAUGGAAAUUUGCAGCCAAGCUCAAACAUGAGCCACGACGAAAACAACGAAAACAAAACCACUGAUGAUGAUCAUGAGCAUGAUAUGGUGAUGCCCGGAUUUCGCUUCCACCCUACUGAGGAAGAACUUGUGGAGUUCUACCUUCGCCGUAAGGUAGAGGGCAAGCGAUUCAACGUGGAGCUCAUUACUUUUCUGGAUCUUUAUCGCUAUGACCCUUGGGAGCUUCCCGCUUUGGCAGCAAUUGGAGAGAAGGAAUGGUUCUUCUAUGUUCCUAGAGACCGCAAGUAUCGUAAUGGGGAUCGCCCCAACCGCGUUACCACUUCUGGCUAUUGGAAAGCAACUGGAGCUGACCGAAUGAUCCGAACUGAAAACUUCCGCUCAAUUGGGCUGAAGAAAACCCUAGUUUUUUACUCUGGGAAAGCUCCCAAGGGCAUCCGAACCAGUUGGAUCAUGAACGAGUAUCGCUUGCCCCAACACGAAACUGAACGAUAUCAAAAGGCAGAAAUAUCACUCUGCCGUGUGUACAAGAGAGCUGGAGUUGAAGACCACCCCUCUCUUCCUCGUUCUCUUCCAUCAAGGGCAUCCUCAUCUAGGGUGACUCAUACGAGUCGAAGGCAGCAAUAUGACACAGUUCAAAAUUCCAUGGAAAACUUUCAAGCUUUUGGAGGACAGUCACAUGAGCCGAGUGAGGUGGAAAAGAUGAAUGAAACAGACGGAAGCAGUACUUCAGAUAUAACGACAGCUCUUGGGCUUUCCAAGCCAAAUGCAUACCGACCUGCAGCUGCCAGCAGCACCACUCUCGGACUACCAGCUCCAAUGGAAGAGGAAGGAAUGACGCUCUUGCACCAUACAAAGCAAUCUUCCCCUUUAGUUAAUUCCACUUGUGCCACCCUCUUCUCAGGCAGCUUGCCUUCUGUCUCAUCCAGUGCGGUGGAUGAUCUCCAUAGACUAGUAAAUUACCAACAAGCGGCUUCAAGUAUCAGUCAGCAACAACACUAUUACAAUGGUCACCAUCACCCCAGCCAAUUGAUCUCUAACUUCCCACCACAUUCACAACCAUUGGCCCUCAACACACUACCGAACGUGCUUCCAACUGCCUUCUCCGACAGAAUGUUGUGGGACUGGAAUCCAAUUCCAGAGGGAAACCGAGAGUACACCAAUCUCUUCAAGUAGCCAGUCGAAUGAAGUGCACAUAGAAACUAAUAUAUAUAUAUAUGCUUUAUAAACUUUAUGUUAAUUUGGGUGAUUUUUCUAAGUUUUAAUCAUGUUGUUAGUUAUCAGCUUUCAGAUUUGAACUACAUUGAUAAAUAUUAGAAGUAUUUAUCAUAG